UGGCCCUUCCUCUCUUUCCACCCCGACCCUCUCUUUGCUCUCUCCUCACUCCCAAUUCCGGCCACUGCCUCUACCAACUCUCCUACUCCGACGGCUCCUUCACCAAAGGCACUCUCGCCUUCGAAACCCUCACCUUCGGAUCCACCACCAUCACCAACGUCGCCAUCGGCUGCGGCCACCGCAACUCCGGCCUUUUCACUGGUGCUUCCGGCUUUCUCGGCCUUGGCUCCGGUCCUAUAUCUUUCAUCUCCCAACUCGCCGGCCAACUCGGCGGCGCCUUCAGCUACUGCCUCCUCAGCCGCGGCGCUGACUCCUCCUCCACCGGCUCUCUCAUCUUCGGCCGUUCCUCCGCCGUCCCCGUCGGCGCCGUCUGGGUCCCUCUCCUUUGUCUCUAUUUUCUUCUAGGUUUUCCUCACAUUGAAGCUAAUCAGAUCUUGUGUUAGAUUUGGAUACAGAGAGAUCAGUGGAAAAAGUAGAAGCAAGAAGAAAAAGAUUAGUUCCUAAAAGUUGAGGGAGGGAAUAGCAAGAGAGUUUGCGACUCAUUUGAAGGCCAAAGAUUGAAACUUUCUCCCUCCUUUCGCAGUUUCUCAGUGUCGUUCCUGAUUUGAAUUCCUUUUCAAGGUUUGGAAGGAGGUGGCUUGAUCCUAGCGUUUCCUGGGACUGUGAGGCUUGCCUCUGAUUCCUCUCUUUCCGGGUGUUUGUUUCGGAGAGUACCUGAGAUUAAAUUUCAAAGCCAACGCAAAAUAAAGUGCGAAGGCAAUGGACAGGUGCCAGGGUGAAGAUAGCCAAUUGUUCUAAGGCUUAAGUUUGCAACUGAAGGUUCUGGGGUUAGCAGUGGAUUUAUCCUGCUUGUCCAUGCCCAUUUCUGAAGUUUCAGUGUUGACAACUUUGAAUGCAAUGGAGGGAGGAGGGCUAAGGUUGAAGAUAGCUGAGAUGGCUCUAAUGUGUCUCAUGCUUGUGUUUCUCAAUGAGAAGGCCUAGUUCACCUAAAGAAGACAUUGGUUUUAGAAGUGGAGAAUCCUGCUUAUCAUUUUCGUUCUUUUAGGUUUUUUUUCUUAUUCUGAGGUCCUCUUUUAGUUCAAGAAUUUAGCUCUUAAGGACCAUGGACAAGCAGCUGAGACAUAGAAUCUUGAUGGUGUCUGACUUUUAUUAUCCUAAUUUUGGUGGUGUAGAAAAUCACAUCUAUUACUUAUCCCAGUGUUUGCUUCAGCUUGGUCACAAGGUGGUGGUUUUGACACAUUCAUAUGCAAACCGCUCUGGUGUACGAUACAUGACUGGCAGUCUGAAAGUUUAUUAUAUGCCUUGGAGACCUUUUGUUCUGCAAAAUACAUUGCCAACAAUUUAUUUGUCCCUUCCCAUUAUCAGAACUAUUCUGAUAAGGGAGAGGAUAACAGUGGUUCAUGGGCAUCAAGCUUUUUCUACACUCUGUCAUGAAGCUCUAAUGCAUGCAAGAACCAUGGGUUACAAAGUUGUUUUCACUGAUCACUCACUCUAUGGCUUUGCUGAUGUGGGAAGCAUUCACAUGAACAAGGUGUUGCAAUUUAGUCUGGCAGACAUAGAUCAGGCUAUAUGUGUGUCUCAUACCAGCAAGGAGAAUACAGUCUUGCGGUCUGGCAUACCUCCAGAGAAGGUCUUUGUCAUUCCAAAUGCAGUGGACACUGCUAUGUUUACCCCUGCUCACAAGCGGCUUGACUGUGAUACCAUCGUCAUAGUUGUGAUAAGCAGAUUGGUCUACCGGAAAGGUGCAGAUCUUCUUGUUGAAGUCAUUCCAGAAGUUUGCAAUUUAUUCCCAAAUGUUCGGUUUAUAGUAGGAGGAGAUGGGCCUAAACGUGUGCGUCUUGAAGAAAUGAGGGAAAAACAUUCUCUUCAGGACAGAGUUGACAUGUUAGGGGCAGUUCCACAUGCACAAGUCCGUUCUGUCUUAAUUUCUGGUCAUAUAUUUCUAAAUAGUUCCCUUACAGAAGCAUUUUGUAUUGCCAUUCUGGAAGCUGCUAGCUGUGGAUUGCUAACUGUGAGCACAAAAGUUGGAGGUGUCCCCGAGGUUCUACCAGAUGACAUGAUAGUGCUUGCAGAACCUGAUCCAUAUGACAUGGUGCAAGCUAUCAAAAAAGCCAUCCACAUGCUUCCAUUUAUUGAUCCACAUCUCAUGCAUAACAGAAUGAAAAGCCUAUAUAGUUGGCAUGAUGUGGCUAAAAGAACAGAGGUUGUUUAUGACCGUGCAAGACAAUGCUCUAAAAAGGACUUUCUGCACUGUCUUUCAAGGUAUCUCAGAUGUGGUGCAUGGGCAGGAAAGAUCUUUUUCCUAGUCAUGCUUCUCAAUUUCUUACUCUUGAGUCUCUUGCAAAUAUGGCAGCCUUGGGAGAAUAUAGAAGAGGUCCCUGAUAUGGAGUUAACACAGGAUCAACAAGAAGAUAUACAGCUCAAUUCUUGAAUAACUAUCUGUAUUUGUGGAGCUUUGUGGCACAAGAGAUGUUCUAAUCAAACCAGGCCUAUCUAGUAGUUGGAAGCAGAUGAAAGUACGAAUUCGGUUGUUUAGAAUCUCAGAGAAGCAGAUAGUUCAUUGAACUGAUUAUUUGUCAAACAUUAACCCACCACCAAUACUGUUGAACCUAUAAUUGAUUGAUAUGGGAUUGUGAUCUUCAUCAGCAGCAAAUGGGAAGAAGAAAUGCUUAAAAAUUAUUAGUUUCUGACCUUUCUCAGUCUGUCCUGUAUUGUUCAAGGUAUUUUCUUAGUCUUGUUAUGUUGUUUUCACCUCAAAAUUUUGUACUUUUUAUCUAUGCUGCAGUUAAAUC